AUGACAGACACCGAAGAAUCCCCAAAGCAAACUUCGAAAACUCCCAAGAGCACAUCUAAGACACCAAAGACUCCUACAAAGACUCCUGCAAAAUCACCUGCACCAAAGAGUGUUAAGAAGAACGUUCCAAAAGCUCCAUCAACACCAGAGCCAGCACAAACCCGCUCAGAGCCUCCCGAUUCUCCAGAAAGAAUGGCUCCAUCGGCCAUCUCAGACAAUGAGGAUCACCUCACCAAUGGAGAGCAAGAGGAUUACGAGGAAGAUGAUGAAGGAACCGAGGAGAACGGUGUUGCAGAGGGAGAAGAGGAAGGAAGAGAGGAAGAUGAUGAGGAAGCCCCAGUAGAAGAAGAGGAAGAACUCACUGAGCGCGAUCCAAAUGAAGAUUCCCGAAAUGUUGGAGAGGCCACAGACAAGGCUUCUCAGGCUUCUCAUGCUUCAGACGAGAAGGAAGUUGAUGGUGUUGUCGAUGGUGUUCAAGAAAAGGCCACCGAGGCAGGUGAAGAUGUCAAGGAUAAGGCUUCUGAGACUGGCAAAGAUGCCAAGGAAACUACCGAAUCUAAAGCUGGAGAUGCUAAGGAAACCACAGAAUCUAAGGCUGGAGAUGCCAAGGAAACCACAGAGUCCAAGGCCGGAGAUGUCAAGGACACUCUCGAGUCCAAAGCUGGCGACGCAGAGGAAACUGCUAAGGAUACUGGCAAAGAAGCCGGUGAAAUCGCAGAGGAUACUGAAGCUGCUGGAAAGGUUAAUGAAAAGGGCGAAGUCAUUGAUGACGACGGAAAUGUCAUUGGCAAAGUCAACGAAGCUGAUAUUGACGCAUCCAAACUUAAGGACAGCAUUGUCAAUGAGGAAGGAGAUGUCUUGGACAAGGAAGGCCAAAUCAUCGGAUCCGCAGACCCAGUUGAGGACGCCGAAGAUGCUCUGGGAGAGGUUGCCGAUGGUGCCAAGUCACCAGCUGACAGCGCAAAAUCGGGUCUCGAAGGAGAGAAGCCAGAUCUUAAGGACGUCACUGAAGGUGCGAAAGAGAAGGCUGACGAUACCAAAUCCAAAGCCGACGAUGCUGUUUCGAAACCAGACGCCGAUCCAGUUGAAGAACCAAUCAUCCCACAAUCUAAACUCAAGGGUCCAUUUGAGAUCCAAGAGUCGGGUGAGAUUCUUGAUGCUGAUAAGAAGGCAAUUGGUAAACUCCAAGAUGAUGUUGAUCUCAAAUCUUUGGUCGGUAAGCAAGGUGUCAAUGUUGAUGAUGAGGGUAAUCUUGUCGGAGAGAACGGCACUAUCAUUGGAAAGAUCGAUUUGCUCCCAGUUGAUCAACUCCCCAUUCCAGAAAGCGUUAGAGAGCGCAUCAUGAACGUUGGUGUCGCAGAAAGCGCUAGCCAGCUCGGAAGCAAAAUCGGCUCCAAGGUCGAAGGCUCCAAAGCUGAUCUUGGUUCAAAUGCCGAUCUCGGAUCUCAGGUUCCAGAAGGCCAAGAAGUCAAGGAGGGUGUUGAAGGCGCCGUUGAAGAGGGCAAAGAAGGCGCCGAAGGUGCUGUUGAAGAAGGAAAGGAAGGUCUUGAAGGAGCAACUGACGAGGCUAAGGCAAAUGUCGAGGGUGCUACCGAUGAGACCAAGGAAGGCGCCGAGGGUGCCGUCGAGGAAGGAAAGGAAGGUCUCGAAGAGGCAACUGACGAGGCUAAGGCAGAUGUCGAAGGCGCCACAGAAGAGGCCAAAGACACUGCUGAAGACGUCCAGGAGGAAGCCGAAUCCGAUAUCCCACCUGUCUCCAUUCUCGAGGGUCUCAAGGUCAACAAGUCCGGAAAGAUCGUCGAUAGAGAUGGAAACCCAGUUGGUCAACUUGUUGAAGGUGAUGCCAAGAAACUUGCUGGCAAGAAGUGCGACAAGGAGGGGAAAAUCUAUAACGAUACUGGUAAGGUCGUUGGCCGUGCCGAACCUCUCCCAGAAGCCGAAGAGAAUGGAUCAUCACCAUUUGAAGACUUCCCUGGUGCAAUUGUUGAAAAAUCUGGCAAGAUCGUUUACGAGGGUCAAGUCAUUGGUCAAGUCGUCGAGGGUGAUGUCAAGAAGAUGAUUGGCAAGACUGUUGAUGAGGACGGUGAUAUCCUUGACAAGAACGGCAACGUCAUUGGAAAGGCGGAACGCACCGAAGAAGAACCAGAGCUAGAGCCAGAAGGACCAGAUUACUCUGUCCUUUUCGACAAGAAGGUAAACAAGCUCGGAAAUGUCACUGAUGACUCUGGUCGUGUUGUUGGUCGCAUUAUUCAAGGUGCUUUGAAGAACAUGAUCGGUCGCCGAUGUGAUAAGGACGGUGCCAUCUGGGGUGACAGCGGAAAGAAGAUUGGUCAAGCUGAGCCAAUUCCAGAAGCCGAGAAGGAAGAACUCAGGGAGCCAGCACCAUUCGAGGACUUCCCAGAUGCUACUGUUGAGUCCAACGGCGAUGUUGUUCACAAUGGCGAAGUCAUUGGCAAGGUCAUUGAAGGCGAUGCCAAGAAACUCAAGGGUAAGAAGGUUGACGCGGAUGGAGAUAUCUUGUCUGCUAGCGGAAACGUUCUUGGUAAGGCUGAAAGAUGGGAAGCCCCUGAAGCCGAACCAGAGCCAGAAGUCGACAACUCUUCCCUGGGUGGAAAGCGUGUCAACAAAGCCGGUAACGUCGUCAACAAAUCUGGAGAAAUUUACGGUCGCGUUGUUGAAGGUGAUAUCAAGCAGCUCGCUGGCAAAAUGUGCGAUAAGCAAGGGUUUGUCAGAAAUGAGGGAGGAGAUAUCAUUGGAAAGUGCGAGGUCGUUCCAGAGGGUGACCGAGAAGGUUUGAAGGAAGGUCCUUUCACAGACUUCGACGGUUGCACCGUCAACAAGGAAGGUAAAGUGGUUACCUCAUCUGGAGAAGUUGUCGGUCGAUUGGUCUCUGGUGAUGCCAACGUUCUCUUCGGUCGUGCUGUUGAUGAUGAUGGCGAGAUUGUCGACAAGAACGGUAACGUCCUUGGUAGAGCUGAGAGAUGGAAAGAGGAGGAAGUCCAAAAGGAUGUCAGCCCAAUGGCUGGCCGCAAAGUCAACAAGGAGGGUAAUGUUGUUGACGAGAACGGUGAUAUCAUUGGUAAAUUGACAACUGGUGAUCUCAAGCUCUGCGCGGGCAAGAAGAUUGAUGACGAUGGAGAUGUUGUCGAUCAAAAGGGUAACUCACUCGGACACGUGACUCUUCUCGAGGAUAUCGUCGAAGAUGAACCCGAGCCAGAGCCAGAGGCAGAGCCUGAACCAGAACCAGAGGUUGAAGAGCCUGAGGCAGAGCCAGAGGAGACCGAGGAAGAAAAGAAGAAGCGAGAGGAAGCUGAACUCGAUGAAAAGAUUUGUGGUCAAAUGACCUACUGCGUCGAAGAUGCUCUCGGAAAGAUCAAACCAGUUCUGAAACAGAUUAUCUCACACAUCGACAAAGCGGAGCGUACUCCAAAGGAUGAGCUUGAUGAAGAGGACCUUGUCAACAAGGUCAAGCCAUUGAUCGAAGAAGGUGGCCGUAUCCUUUCUGAGGCUAAUUCCUCCAUCCGUGCUCUUGACCCUGGUGGAAGACUUGCUUCUCAGGCCAAGGCUAAGACAGCAGCUCAUGAAGCUACUCCAGCAGAGUAUCAUCUCGCUGAUUGUCUCAAAGAGCUUACCGGCACUGUCAGUGAGACUAUCGAGAAUGCCAAGAGAAAGAUUGAAGGCAUGCCACACGCCAAGAAGGAAAUCAAUCCCCUGUGGAACCUUCUUUCAGAGCCGCUUGCCCAAAUUCUCGCCGCUGUCGGCUUGCUUUUGAGUGGUGUUCUCGGAUUAGUCGGUAAAUUGCUGAGUGGACUUGGUCUUGGCGGCUUGCUUGACAACCUUCUCGGAGGUCUUGGUCUUAAGGGACUGUUGAACGGUCUUGGACUUGGAAUGGUGGUUGAUUCCAUCACUGGCAAGAAGAAGAAAUAA